AUGGCCCUCAGCACGGGCACCCCCAGGUGGAGCCUGGGAGACGCUUUGCUCUGUGCGGUUCCCCGCGGCCUGUUCUUCGGCCUUGCCCUGAGCAGCGUGGUUCCUAAGGAGUACGCAGAUGCUACGGAGGCUUUUGUUGUGGACGACAUGUUCAGUGUUUUCGUGCAAUCCCUGUUCAGUGCCAGACCAGCCAAGCGUCUCUCAGGAAAAACAGAGGCCGUCAUCAAAAACUUCAGCCCGCACUACAGGCGCCAGUACGCGGUGGCUUUCUGCAAGCAUGUGCAGGAUGAGCUGGAGCAGCACCGAGAUUCCCAGUCCCAGUUCCUGAAAACCAAGCCGCCAGUGGAAGCUGGGACUGUCUUAUACGAGGCAGAGCUGCUGCAUUUUGCUGAGGAUCUGAAGAAGUGGAAGGACAGAUAUGUCGUUAUCAAAAACGACUACACUGUGGAUUGCUUUGAGACUAAAGAGGCCUACCAGAAAGGAGCCAGCCCUAAAUAUCAUGUUCUUCCUGCAGGAGGCAAAGUACUGACUUCAGAAGAAGAUUACAAUUUGCUGUCUGAUAAACAUUUUCCAGAUCCUGUUGGGUCAAGUGAGAAGGAGGUCGCUCAAGCCUUCGUUCAGCUGCCGAAGGAGUUCCCGGUUUACCUGUGGCAGCCCUUCGCCCGACACAGCUACUAUUGCUUCCCAGAGCCAGAAGCUCAGAGGCAGUUCAGCGCCGUGCUGGGGGACUGUGUGAGACACUCAAACCACGAUUUUCUCAAGCAGACCACGUAUGAAGUCGAAGCGUUCUUAGAAGCCAUUCAGUUCUUCCGGCAGGAGAAAGGCCACUAUGGGACAUGGGAAAUGAUAACCGGCAACGAAAAAGAGAUCUUGAGCAACCUUGUGAUGGAGGAACUCCUGCCUAACCUUCAGACAAUGAUCCUGCCCAAAAUGAAAGGAAAGAGGAAUGAUAGGAAGCGGGCCUGGUUUGGUAUCGUAGAAGAAACAUACGGCUUAGUCCAGCAGCAGGUCUCAGAAGGAUUAAGUAGCUUGAAAGAAGAAUGCAGAGAUUUUGCAAAAACUCUUGAAGGAACCAUUCGCUCAGACAUGGAUCAGAUUCUGAACUCCAAGAACUUCUUAGCUGGAAAAAUCAAAGCCACUGUUUCUGAGCCUGCCCAGAAAUGCUGCACAGAAAAUAUCCAGCCAUUUCUCGCAUCCAUAUUGGAGGAGCUCAUGGGUCCGGUGAGUUCUGGAUUCACGGAAGUCCGCUCACUUUUUGAUAAAGAAGUUAAUGAAAUCAUCCAGGACUUCCAGAAGACAAAUGAUAUCACAAAGCUAAAGGAGAAUGUGGAUCAGCUUAUGAACCUACCAUUCAACUCUGUGAAAAUGGAGCCCUGCUAUCUGAAAGUGAACCUUCUCCAGGAGCUCCUUCAAGACCUCAAGAGUCGCUUCAAGGUCUAUCACAUUGAUUUUGUGAUUCAGAGGACACAGAACUUCAUGCAAGAGCUGAUGGAAAACGCAGUUUAUACUUUCGAGCAGUUGUUCUCUCCAAGUCGCCAGGCAGACUCAGCGAAAGUUGCAACUACCAUUGAAAAAGUCAAGCUGAGAGUACUGAAGCAAUAUGAUUAUGACAGCAGCACUAUCCGGAAGAAGAUAUUUCAAGAAGCACUGGUACAGAUUACUUUGCCCACAAUGCAGAAGACACUGGCUUCAACGUGCAAACCAGAGCUGCAGAAAUACGAGCAGUUCAUUUUUGCUGAUUACACUAGCGUGAUCCAAGUAGAGAAUGUGUAUGAAGAGAUUUUAUAUCAGACACUGCUUGAAGAAACCCUGAAAGUGAUAAAAGAAGCUGCCAUUAUGAAGAAGCACAACCUCUUUGAAGAUAACUUGAAUUUGCCCUGUGAAAGCGUGUCCAGCUUAACGGACCUGAAGACCCCUUCAGGAUCAGCACAAACCACUCCUGCGAAGAAGCCUUCCACCGCCCGAGCCGAGACGUCAGACACUGAAACUCAAAGUGACGAAAUGCUCAUUGUGACGGAAAAAAUUUCUUGGGAGAAGGAUGCUGACAAUAGAAAGUCAUCAGACAAAGAGGCAGUCACUUCUGUUAAUACGGCUGGUGAUCAGGCAAGCAAAAGUGAAGAAAUGGUCGUUACAGACAUCGGUGAAAUACAGGAAUCCCUUCCAGCUACCCUUACAGAACAAGAAGUUGCAGAGGAAAAAAUCGUUUUGGAGAAUGAAGACACGGUGAAAGCUGAGUGUGUAGCGAACACUGAGAAAGAGCUUAAGACACAACAAGAAGCUGUGGAGGAAGAAGUAGCUCCUGGAACUGAAACUGCAGUGAAAGAUUUUGGAGCCAGCGCUAAAAAAGAACUUAAGGUACAUGAAGGAGCAGUGGAGGAAAAGGUAACUUCUGAGAGUCAACUGGCAACGGAUGCUGCGUUUGUCAGUGGCACUGAAAAAGAAAGCAAAGCACAGGAAGAAGUUGCUGAGAUAAAGCUGACUUCCCCACAUGAUAAUGUAGCAGAAGCAGAGAUUUUAGGGAAUGCAGAAAAGAAAAUCAAGGUAGAAAAAGAAUUAUCUCAGAGUGAAAAUGCAGUAGGAAAAGGGUCUGAAGAGGCUAGUAAAAAAGAAAGCAAUGACCAAGGAGCGAGUACUGAGACAAGGGUUAUUUCCCAGGAAGAAAACACAGGGAAUGGCGGGUUUGGGGGUAAUCCUGAAACAGAAAGCAAGUCAGAAGAAAAGAGUUGUAAAUCCCCUGACGAUGUGAAUGAGAUAAGGAGUUUGCUGAUGGUAACAGUUGAGAUACCAGCAGAUACUCCAGCUGAGAACAUAAAGGAGAUUUGUGAAGGUGAGAGAUUAAAGUUGCAGGAGCACAAUAAAGGGAAUGAUGAGUUGAGUAAAAUGGCUGUGGCAGAAAUUCAAGUGAGCCAGACAAUGAUGAAUAAAGAUGCAGCAGAAUGCACGGAGUUCAAGGAGGACCGACCAUCUUCAUCUAGUCUGGGGACAGAUGGUACGAAUUUAGAGAAUGUGUCCAAGGGGGCCUGUGGUAUGGCAAAAGCAGAAUGGCUGGUGGAAAGCUCAGAUACACCUCAGGAGGCAAAGGCAGAGGUGGAUAUCAAGCAAAGCGUUUGGUAUACAGGUGUGGGAAGGUGCCAAAGUGAUAGACUGCAGCCAGAGGAACACACUGAAAAUGUGUCUGAAGGCAAAAUAUUAGAUGGGGAGGAAGGAGUAGCAGGGAAUAGCCAUGCCGUCCCAGUGGAGGUAGGGACUGAGAGCUUUUUUCAUAAUCCUGCUGAAAAUGCAGACACAACGCAAGUGCCCAUUUUGGAUACAGAAAACCCAAGAACAGGACUGCUAGACAUGCCAGUUUCUUCCGUGCCGGAGCAGGGCGAGAUUAGCACUGUAGAGGUCACAGGAGAUACAGAGGCUUGUGAGGGUGAAGGGAAGCCAGAAGGUGAAUCAUCUUCACACACAGAAAUAAAAAGCACAGAAGUAAAAGAUAUUUUCACAGAAGAAAACAGAGAAGAUAGUUAUGCACAGCAAAACUCUGAAGAGUAAGAAGUGUUUUUCGGCCCAGCCCUGCAGGAUUUAUUUACUCCACAAAUCCCUGUUUAAUUGUGAAUACUUAUUUGGGUUGGGGCUAGAGGAAAUGGGCUUUGUUGUCGUAUUGCCAGCUCUUUGCAGUUUUAGCACGGAUCCCUUCUGAGUGAUGGGUGAUAGGUUUCUUUUCAGUUAAAGCCCUCACUGUUUAAAACCAGGUUACUGUUGGAGAACCUCAUCUUUCACUUAAAAUUUGCUACCUUUUAUGUUUAUAGAAAAAGUCUGAAAAUGUGACCACUGGAUGCUUCAAAAGCAACUCACCCCCAACUAUAAAGUUAUUUUAACAACUUUACUGUUCUUAGGUGUUUUAGCAGGGGAGUAGCUCAUGAUUUUUAAAUGCAUGGAUUUGACAAGUACUGCUAUGAUUCUUAGGUGGUUGGUACAUGCAUUGCUAUUCAAGGAUGCUUUUAGUAUUUGCAUGCAGUAUACGGGAAAUAAAUAAAACUUUUAGUAGUUAAACAGAACCAAAUAGUUAAUUUAGUAGGUUGCUCAAAAGCCACACUCUGUGCAAACUCUGCAAACUGAUUACUUAAUUAUUUUAAAGUUUUGACUGAUACUAAAGACAAGCAAGUGUUCUGAUUUUUUUUUCCCUCUUAUUCUUAUAUUUAAAAUGGGGAAAAUAUGGGAGCAGGUUUCUCAGUCCCACUCUGCACUUCUGGGUUAUAUAGCCUUCCAAAGCAUUUUAUGGCUAUUUUAUUUUGUUUUAUUUUAUGGAAGGGAAAGAUGAGAAUGUUUACAAUAACUAUAACCAUUAGGCAGCAUCUUUCUGUUUUACUUCCCACCAUAAAAUAUAUUCACUUAUGGCUAUCUGAUACAGAAUAUUAAAAGUCAUACCAUUCCCAUUCUUACUGACUUACUUAAGUUAGAAUUACCCAGUUCUGUAGGCCUUUUUAGUUUCAUAAACUAUACAUAAAUUGCAAUCGUUGUGAAAUAUCAUAAUCAUUGCAUAUAAUUUCUAAUACAGAUGUUAACUGAAGCAAAAAGCAGCCAAAGGUUGUGCUUAGAUUUUGGAUAGCAGAAUCACAUUUAA